GCAUCGGACGUGUCGGUUUUCUGUCCGGUUUUUCAAACAUUUCUCUUCCUUUUUGGUGCCACGUUUCGAGCGCCGUGUCUCUCGCCAAUCAGACAGAAACAAAAGGACAGAUUCGCUUUGUGUGCCACCCUGGAUUGCCAUAAUUACACGCGCAUCUGGCCAUUGUGCAACGAUUGCAACAGGACGGCAAGAGACGUAAGACUAUUCGAGGAAGAGAAUUCGUUGGAGGAAUGGGAAGAUUCUCGCUUGGUUCGCGACUGCUCAAAAUGGCGCCGAAUCUGUUUGGUACAUCGGCCGCGUUAUAUUUGGAAGCAUCCCAACAAGACGUUCAUCAAGAGAAAUCGACGACAGAAAAGGCGAACGGCCAGAAAUUGCUAGCCCAGAAAUCGUCUACUCCUAAGUCGAAAUAUGAAUGGAAAAUCGUUUGGAGGAAUGUGAUCGCGUUCAUCUAUCUUCAUCUUGGAUCUUUGUACGGAUUUUACCUUUUAUUCAAUGGAACAAAAUUUUACACGUUUCUAUGGUCGUUUAUGAUAGCAUCGAUGGCAGCUGUAGGCAUUACGGCUGGCGCUCAUAGAUUGUGGGCCCAUAGAGCGUACAAAGCGAAGUGGCCAAUGCGAUUCAUACUGAUGAUCUUCCAGACGAUUGCGUUCCAAAAUCAUAUUUACGAGUGGGUGAGAGAUCACAGAGUCCAUCACAAAUUCACGGACACCGAUGCUGAUCCGCACAACGCGCAGAGAGGCUUCUUCUUCUCGCAUAUGGGAUGGCUGAUGCUCAGGAAACAUCCGGAAGUGGUGAAGAAGGGAGGUACCGUUGACUUGAACGAUUUGGAGCAGGAUCCGAUCGUCGUUUGGCAAAGAAGGCUUUACAUCGUGCUGAUGCCACUCUGCUGCUUCAUAAUUCCCAUGUGGGUGCCUUGUUACUUCUGGGAUGAGAAGCCAUUGAAUUCCUGGUACACCACUGUCCUCAGAUACACGUUUUCCUUGAACAUGACGUGGCUGGUGAACUCCGCUGCUCAUAUCUGGGGCAUGAAACCUUACGACAACACCAUUGGACCGACAGAGAACAAAAGCGUGGCCAUAUUAGCGUUCGGCGAGGGCUGGCAUAAUUAUCACCAUGUAUUCCCCUGGGAUUACAAAGCGGCUGAAUUAGGUAACUACAAGAUGAACGCCACCACCGCAUUCAUCGAUUUCUUCGCUUGGUUAGGACUGGCGUACGAUAUGAAAACCGUUCCUGUUGAAGUAGUGAUGAAACGGGCGCACAGAACUGGAGAUGGCACAAGGUACAAGAAACCGGAAGUGAUACAUCAUCAUAGUCACGAGGGCUCGAAAUGGGGCUGGGGCGACACGGAUAUGCAACCCGAGGAGAUCCAGGAUGUCCAGAUUAUAAACAAAAGCGAUUAGUCUGUCCUCUGAAUACUAUAGG